UUUAAAUAAGAACACAAAUUUUCUAUGUUUAAAACCAGGUAAAGAGUACUUUCUUCCCAAUUAAGUAUUCUUAUUCCCAAUAAAAAAUUUUUGAGGCUCCAAUGUAGCAUUUAAAACGUACAAUUUUUGGGUGCUUAUCUCAAGAAGGGGACCAAGUAAAAGCUCACUGUUUUAUAAGCACAAGUAAUACACAUACGUAUUUCAUUCUAAAAAAAUUUACUUGUUAUUUCAAUCCUUUUUUAUAACAAUAAGUAGCAAAGCAUUCAGUGGGUGAGAUAAAAUUUGAGCUUGAAAAAAGAAGCGUAUAUUUAUACAACAGUAGAAUUUUUUCAUACCCAGAAAAAGCACUUUUUUCAACCUUUAAUAUGAAAACAUUCUGAAUUACAUUUUUCUACCUUUUCUACCUGUGGUGUAGAAACUUAAAGGGACUUUUUUUUAAUAAUAAACAUUUCUCAGCUCUUGGUGGUGUAUGUCACUCACAUACCAAAUAUGAUCAAGAUCAGCAAUUGUGAUGCAGAGACUUAUUUGGAAAUAUGUUGAAUUAAAACGGACCGGGCCACCUUCAGUAGGAGGCUCCUGUUGAAGGACAGUGGAUGGCACAGUGGUUAAGGAACCGUGGCAACAGCCCUACACAAACGCAGCUGGCCUUGCAAAGUACAGCUCUGUGAACAAAAGUCUCCAACUGAAAGAUUAGUCCUGGUGUGAGAGGACCACUCUGCCAGAAAGUACAGCUCGACGAGGUUUGGGCUGUUUCAGCUGAUUGGCCGGUUUCUGAUAGUUGACCAGCUUAAGGUAUGUGUUUGCCUGAUGGUUUGAUGGUCUUACCAGCUUAUGAGGAUCAUUCCUACCUGGUUUAGCUGGCCAUACCAGCAUGACCAACUGGUGACCCACCCAGAUAAACCAUCCAAGAACAGCAGGAGAUGGGACAUGACCGUCUAAGGCCAUCUUGAAACCAGUUACACCAGCUGGUGUUUCUCAGCAGGGUACCUAUCAGACCAGUUUAAGGUAUGUUCGAAUCAGGAAAAAGCAUUAAAGACGCAGACUUCCGAGACAUCAGAAGAACCAACUGGACUGGAAAACCACAGCUAAAAUGCAAACGAUGUGGAGAGAGCCCUACUAUUCAUUUCAGACCUCCCCCAGGUGUGGAGGAGUUUGACGUGCCCUGAGGAGAUACAAUCAGGGGAAUAACUGCGGAAGAAACAAAGACGGAGCCUAGGACGUCUCAGCUUAGGACAUCUGCUGUGUUAGAUGAGCGCAGGCGAAGCUCCAUGUUGGCCUCAUUCACUCAAACCAAACUGUCAGAGACACAGGAAGUGGCUUGCGGCCCAUUUGUUUUCGUCUCCGCGUGCACGUUCGCAUGUGGAGAAGACAACUGGCAUUGCGAUUGCUGCCCUUAGCAUGUCUGCUCCUUGGGGUGGCUCACCAAGAACACACCGAGCGUGCCGAACUGCAUGGGGUAGGGGGUAGCAAAGAGGUGUCUGCACCCAGAAUGCCCUGCAUGAGCACGCCCACGAUUUGGAGCAGACAAUUGACGGCGCUCUGUCAUAAGUGUACUAUUCCAAUUGGUAGCCCCCCUCGGUACAUUUUGCUGACCGGGGAGGGCCCUCAGGUGAUUUUGUCAACCAGGGGGAAACCCCCUCAGCACACUGCACCAACGCUAGAGUUUGCCUCUAGAUUUCACAGAUAGAAACACUAAAAUAGAAAACGUUCCAGAAGUUCGGAACAGUAAAUCAUUUCGAUUUUUUUAUUGUGAGCCUCCUCCCAGUCCUCAGCCAAGGAAAACGUACACCCGCCCCCCCACACCCCCCGAGGCUUGUCAGCAACAUUGUACAAACUCAGGACAUUUGUUAACAUUUGAAAUCCAGUAUAGCCUCCCGUUGACCACCACUCCAAAGUAUAGAAUUAGAAGUUCCAUUACCGCACUAACUACAACAACAUUUAUGAAACAUCCACAGUCCUUCAGCCUUUCAUCUGAAGCAUCGUGUGUAAAUGAACUUGAACAGGCAACUUCAAACAUGGAAAAAUCCCCUCGCAGCACUCUAGAUCUUGUGGCUCCACUUAAGAGGAUAAAGCAUAGUGAUAACAAACCCGCCCCCUGGUACUCUGAUCAUACACGUGAACUCAAACAGGCAUCACGCAAGCUAGAGCGCAAAUGGCGCUCAACUAAACUAGAAGUUUUCAAAUCUGCCUGGAAAGAAAGCCUCUCUAAAUACAGACAAGCACUAGUGACUGCUCGGUCUGUGUAUCUCUCCAGAUUAAUAGACAUGAACAAAACCAAUCCUAAAUUCCUAUUUGAAUCCAUGGCUAGGAUAACACAGAAUUCCUCAUUCAACUCGCUCUUAAGAGUGAUGACUUUCUUACAUUCUUUAAUGGUAAAAUAACUAAGAUUAGACAGACCAUCCUGUGCACACCCUUACCUACUUAUGGCUGCCAGCCUCCUGUUAGUCUUAGGCCUACCAAUAAUGAGACCUUUGAAUCAUUCAAUCCUAUUACACACUCAGAACGUUUGAGCUUAAUUUUCUCCUGUAAAUCCUCUACUAGCCUUGUAGACCCAAGUUCUACAAAAUUCUUCAAGGAAAUUGCACCACAGAUUAGCACUACUGUGUUAAAUGUAUUAAAUUCUUCUCUUAGGCUUGGAUAUGUUCCAAAACCUUUUAAAAUGGCUGUUAUUAGACCCGUCCUAAAGAAACCAAAUCUUGAACCCAGUGUUUUAGGUAACUAUAGACCUAUCUCAAAUCUUCCUUUCAUUUCAAAGAUCUUGGAAAAAGUUGUAGUUCAUCAGUUGUCCUCUUUCCUACAAGAAAAUAAUGCCAAUGAAUUAUAUCAGUCUGGUUUUAGACCAAACCAUAGCACAGAAACUGCUCUAGUCAAAGUAAUGAAUGAUUUACUUGUGGCUUCUGACCGUGGCUGUGUAUCUCUGUUGGUAUUGCUAGAUUUAACUGCAGCGUUCGAUACUGUGGACUAUAAUAUCCUCUUGGACCAGUUAGAAGGUGUAGUUGGCAUUACGGGGACAGCUCUUUCUUGGUUCCGCUCAUAUUUAACUGAUCGCUAUCAGUAUGCCCAUGUGAACAAUGAAUCAUCCAAGGCCACAAAAGUUGAAUAUGGUGUCCCACGGGGAUCAGUCCUGGGCCCGCUACUGUUUACUCUAUACAUGCUACCUCUUGGUAACAUUAUUAGACAACAUGGUAUUGGGUUUCAUUGUUAUGCAGAUGAUACACAGUUGUACAUAUCUGUUAACCCUGAUGAUACAUCACUGCUAUCUCGGUUAGAAUACUGUCUAUUAGAUAUCCGGUGCUGGAUGGCAAAAAAAAUUCCUUAUGUUAAACACAGAAAAAACAGAAGUUCUGGUAAUUGGUACCAAGGCUGCAAGAAAUAAGUUCCACCACCUCAGCAUUGGUAGCCUUCCUACACAACCUAACAUGGUGGUUAGAAAUCUUGGCGUUCUUGUUGAUUCAGAUUUAUGCUUUGAUGCUCACAUUAGAAGUAUUACUAGAACUGAGUUUUAUCAUCUACGGAACAUAGCCAAGCUUCGUAAAAUGCUCUCACUUGAUGAUGCAGAAAAAUUAGUACAUACCUUUGUAAGUUCCAGACUGGAUUACUGUAAUGCCCUCCUAUCAGGUUGCCUGUCCGGAUCCUUGCAUAAACUUCAGUUGGUACAGAAUGUUGCAGCCAGAGUAACAAACACUAAAAAAAAGCCAGAGUAACAAACACUAAAAAAUUUGAUCGUAUUACACUGGUCUUAUCCUCUCUUCAUUGGCUGCCAGUUAAGUCUCGAAUUGACUAUAAAAUACUGCUAUUAACCUAUAAAGCACUGAAUGACCUUGCACCAGAAUACCUUAGUGACCUGCUGAUCACAUACAACCCUCCACGCUUGCUUCGCUCUCAAGCCAUGGUAUAUCUGUUAGUGCCUAGGGUAGAAAGAGCUACGGCAGGCUGCAGAGCUUUCUCCUAUAGAGCUCCUCAGCUGUGGAAUGGUCUUCCACCGGAUGUGCGGGUUUCAGGCUCACUCUCAAUAUUCAAGUCUAGACUAAAAACACACCUCUUUAGUUUAGCAUAUAGGGACACUAGUUCUAGCUCUAGCUAACUGCUCACUCCUAGUCAGACCUACAGUGUGAGGUGUAGAGCUGGGUGGGGAUCGGUGCCAUUGGCUUUGGAUAAACUGUCAGUGCAGUCACUCUAGCUUCACAAUCCCUUGUGGAAUUGGAGUGCUGACAUUUCAGGGACUCCCCAUGCCUGCAUUCCCACUUGCCUCUCCCUCCUACUGAUGCUGCCAUAGCCAUAUCUGCCGGAGUUUGCACAUUGCACUUCAUAUUGCACUCAUCUAGCUGUUAGCACUGCCUAUAGCCUCCUCUACUUUAACUAAUUGUACAUUUUAUUUCCCAUACUCCUCCUGGGGGGUGCUGCCUGGAGACCUCAAUCUACCAAGAUGUCCAGCACACCCUGCUACAUGUGACAUCGCCACUACCAAUGACGUCCCUGCAUCUAGCUCGCCGUACUGCCUGUGUCAUCCUGUGACUUGGCACUUAACCAUCUCUCCUAUUUGACUCUCCCUGCCGGCCCCUGGAGGAAUGGACUUCCUCUCCUUAGAGGCACCUCAUUGCCUGUGUGACAUCACCUCAGCUGAACUAUUGGCAUGGGACUACAAGCAAAAAGCAAGGGUAGCUCAAAAGGAGUCUGUUAGAUAAUUGGACUGUCCUUGCUAAGUAUACAGGUAAAAUAAUCAGAGCAUCACAUGUAACGAAAGGUUCCUGUUCCAGUGACUGGUGAGGCACUGUUAGCCAGGAGGUCGGAGACGACAGCAGUCAUGAUUAGCUGAGGAGGGCACCCGCCUACUUCCUCUUCAGUGGCGACAAGUAACAAGGGAACAGAGGGGAGCAAAUGAGCCUCUUCCACCCACACAGAGACAUGGGAGAACAUCUGAAACAUGCAGACAUUGUGCGUGUGCGUGUGCUUAUGCUCAUACAUGACAUAAGCUUCCGGGGAAAAGAUAGAACAGGGUGACCUAAAGACCUCUAUUUACACCUUUAUAACCUCCGGAAGCUAGGUGGGCCAGUACAUUUUUAUCACAAAUUUUUUUCACUGUAAAUCUUGACACGUUUUUCCAAAUCGUCUGAGAAAGGAUCCUGAUACUCGGCCAGCAGUGUGCACACUGGGAAAACCGACCACUCCCUGUCACCCCAGCCCUGCCAGUCCCCAUCCCUAUCCUCACAUUCUUUUUUCUAAACCAAUGUGAUUGAUGAAGAAAAGAACGACUUCCUGUUAUCGGCAGAACCACAAACCAAAGCCGCUGCUCUCCGCCCUCUCACUUCCUCUGCCCUCCCCCUCCGAUCUCCUCUCAUGCUUAUAUGGGAAGACAAGCUCUCUGAGUGGUAGGAUCACCUUCUCCGAACUGCACCUCUACUGCAUCCUGUGCUCUGGGUGAGGAGCAUGGCUCAGUCGUGCUGGGCGGCUCUGUUCAUCUUCCCGCUGCUGGUUCAAGCCCAGAGUGGCAGCGACGAUGAAGAACCUUAUGUUCAUUGCUGGUCUAGUGUCACUAUGGAGAACACCCUGUUAUUUUGCCAAGUGGAUGAAGACAUGCUUACAGAGCUCAAAAACGCAACUCUGUGCAAAGAACUCCCAAAGGCACCAGUCAUAAACCAGGACUGUAAAACAAUUAUGACAAGAGAUGACAACAUUACAUUCCCUAAUCUCUCCCCGCUCCUCAAAUACCGUCUCAAAAUUCAGUUCCAGACAAGGGAACCAUUCAGUAAAACAUAUGAACUGAAGAAAAUAAUAAAACCAAAUACACCAAUGGUCAAUACGACCUUCGUGGCCAAGGAAUGGAAAGCAAUAGUAUCCAUCGAAACAGGUUAUAAGAAUGAUAUCCUCGAAAAUGCUCUAACGCGGGAAGUCAAGAUCAAAGGUCGCAACGCGACUUACGUCGUAGACCAAAAUGAGUUACACAUUGAGUCCAGAGAAGUCCUCAGAGAGAACACACAGUACUGUGUGAAGGCCAGAUGCAAACCGAACAACAAUUAUUUUGAUGGCUACUGGAGUGAUUGGAGUCACUGGAGCAAGUUCCACACCCCGAAGGAACACCAGGCGGAUCAGCUGCACAUCUACAUAGUCAUGGGUGCACUGCUCCUCUUGCUAAUGAUUGCUGGAGUAAUGGUUCGACAUUGGUACAAGGAUAUCAAAUUAAUCAUUUGGCCGAUUAUUCCAAACCCCAAACACACUCUGGUACAAGGCUACAAGCCUAAUAAGGGUCCACCUGUUAGCUUCCACCCUGAAAGCUUCAACGACAACUGCAUCCAACUGAUUGACCAAGUCGAGGAGAGACGCGUGACCCCCGACAGCCCAGACUUGGUGGGCAGCUAUGAGGUCAGGAGACACAGCAGUGGGCAAAGGACUAUGGGACCAAUCCUCAGGAACUCUACUGCCAAUACAGGGGAGAAUCACCCCAUGCUUCAGAACAAAGGCAAAGUGGAAGAAGAUGGCCUAGGGACUGGCAGGCAGAUGUCAGCUUCUGGGAUUACCAGAAAUUCUGGGACAUCUGGCAGGUCUGAGGCGAACAGCAAUAACAAUGUGCCGGUUCCUCGAAGAGAUGAGGCGUACGUCACCAUGUCCAGCUUCUACAAGACCCAGUGACAGGAAUCCCCCAACUCACCUUCCAGAUGUAGAAAGUCCUUGGCCAUAUAUUGUAGCUCAGCCCCAACAAAAUUCAGUCUGAUCAAUCAAUUUUCAGCAAACCAAAAUCAUGACAUCCUGUAUGCCAGACCUGAAUCGCUACAGGUGCUCUAGCUUUUGUGAUCUGCAAUCAUCCUCGGGAAUGACACGGUUAGACAUUAAGACAACAUGAACUGGGCUAUAAUGCAACGAUCUACGGGAGGAAUACAUUGACCAGUGUUUUUGUCUUUUUUUCAUAUGAACUUAUGGAUCUGCAACCACAGCUACAUGCUGUUGAAGUCCUUUAGCCCUACUUUAGACAUUCUUGCUCCUAUUAUCCCAUAGAAGCUGCUAUUGUACUGCCGAGCUGCACUUCAACGCAAGAAUGUUUCUAGCCAAGAUUUAUUACAUUUUUACUGUAAAAAUAACCAGGAUGUAAUUAUUUAACAAGUGCAUUAUAUUGGUACAUUAUGAUGGCAUUACUGUUCAACCACUGAUUCAUGGCAAAGUAACCACUGGGCCUUUCUUUUCUAGAGCAGGGGUGAGGAACCUGAUCCACAGAGAGCUGGUGCGGGUUUUUGGGAUGACCUCACAAUCAGCCAAUCACAAGCAGUGGUUCUCGACUCCAGUCAGCUGAUUGAGUGGUCAUCCCAAAAACCCACACUGGCUCACCAUGGAUCAGGUUCCCUAGCCCGGUUCUAUGGAAAUAACAAAAAUGUUAGUCUACCUCCCUCACAUGGCAUCUACAUGUAUGAACUUUUAUUCUUUACACAAAUACUACAAAAUACUGUCAAGUGCAUGCAAAACAAUUCAAACUGCGCAGAAGUUAACCAGAAAUGUAUUUACGUAAUAAAAUCAAGGGGGGAAAAGAUGUA